AUGCCGUCGACGGCAACCACGGCCACGGCCCCCAUCCCCGUGAUUGACCUUGCGGCGGCGGGCAAGUCCGAGCAGGAGAUUGCCAAGGAGCUUUGCGAUGCCGCCAUCGAGCACGGCUUUAUCUAUAUACGGAGCGAAGGGGUCGAUGUGUCGGUAGAAGCCGUCGACAGGGCCUUUGAGAUUCUCUUCACCGAGACCCCGGCGGAGGAGAUGGAAAAGUGCCGGAUUCAGAAGAAUAACCGGGGAUGGAGCGGGAUCCGGAGCGAGACGCUGGAUCCAAAGACACAAAGAGCCUUCAAUUUCGGCGAGUUCCAAAACGGCAAGGCCCAGCAGCCCCUCCCGAGCACGCUCAUCCCCCACGAAGCGGAACUCGGCCGGUUCGCGGGAAGCUGUCACGCGUUGGCGCGGCGCAUCCUGCACCUCCUCGGCGUCGGGCUCGAGGUCGACCCGCCGGAUUUCUUCCCCUCGGCGCAUCAGAGCGAAAAGGGUCCCUCGGGCACCACUCUCCGCUUCCUGCAUUACCCUUCUCUCAAGGGCGUGGAUGUCCCGGCGGACGACUCGAUCCGCGCCGGCGCCCAUUCGGACUACGGCAGCGUGACGGUACGAGUGCCCCCAUCCUCCUCUGCUCCUAUCGCCAACCUCGACCUGGCUCCCCGUCCCCGUGCAGCCCCCUCCACUGCCUCCGAUACCGCGCCCCCGAUCCUCGUCAACGUCGGCGACCUACUCUCCUACUGGACCAACGGGCUCUUGCGGAGCACAGUCCACCGCGUCGCUCUCCCCUCGUCCUCGUCGUCGUCGUCGGCCGGCACCGAGGAGACCGACGCCGUAGGGGUCCCGGAGGGCGAGGGGUACGACGGGGACAGGUACUCGAUUGCAUUUUUGUGCAUCCCGUCGGAACGGCUAAGCUGGAACCCGUGCCGAGCGACGUUGUGA